AUGGCUACCCAGCACGAGGAGGAUAAGGCUACCACUCUCCCUCCCAACAUGCGAAACUACAAAUUCACCGGUCCUCUCCGACCCGUCUACCCCCUUUCCAAGAAGCGGGAAGUGCCUGCUCAUAUCCCUCGACCAGACUAUGCCGACCACCCCCAGGGAAUGUCACUUAGCGAGGCUGUCAGGGAAAGAAGUGCCAAGAUUUUGACCAAGGAGGAACAAGAUGGUGUUCGUAAAGUCUGCCGCCUUGCCCGAGAGGUCCUCGACAUUGUCGCCGCUGCCGUCAAGCCGGGAGUGACGACCGACGAACUCGACGCUAUCUGCCAUGCCGCCUGUAUCGAACGUGAUUCCUACCCCUCGCCGCUCAACUAUGUCAAGUUCCCCAAGAGCAUAUGUACGAGUGUGAACGAGGUCAUCUGUCAUGGUAUCCCGGAUCAGAGGCCGUUAGUGGAAGGAGACAUCGUCAACUUGGAUGUCACUCUCUACCACGGAGGCUACCACGGUGAUCUCAACGCUACCUAUCCCGUGGGCAAAUGUGACUCUGAAUCACUCGACCUCAUCGCCACCACCAAAGCUGCCACUGAAGCUGCCAUCGCCAUCUGCAAACCCGGGGUACCCUACCGCGAGAUUGGCAACAAGAUCGAAGAGAUCAUCAAACCCAAGGGUUAUGGUAUUGUCCGCCGAUACACUGGCCAUGGAAUCAACCAGUUGUUCCACUGCCUGCCUACGAUCGUGCAUUACGGGGGUUCAAAGACACCCGGUAGGAUGGAAGCUGGUCAGGUGUUUACGAUAGAGCCUAUGGUCAACUUGGGAAGCGCGAACCUGGAGCAUUGGAACGAUGACUGGACGGCGGUCACUGUGGAUGGUAGGAGGUCGGCGCAGUUUGAAGAGACCAUCUUGUCAGUACUUUGAUCUUUGACCGGGUUUAUAGUGCUGAUUCGUGUACAGGAUCACCGAGACGGGCGCGGAAAUCCUUACUAGAAUUCCCGCUUCUUCGUCUUCCAAAAAGAACAAGAAGAAGAAGAAGAACGCUUCCGCUGCUGCCAAUGGCACUGCCACUCCUGACAGCUCAGCGACUCCCGAAGUAGGCACGCCUGCGUCCGAAGUUGCAAAGGGCCUCAACGGGCUCGAGGUUGAGGCUUCUUCAUGAAUUUGACUUUUCCUCUUUCCACUGGGAUCGGUGAUGCUGGCAUA